AUGGCAUCGAUAAAACCAGGGUUAAAAAAAACGGACGACAUUAAUGAAGAAAUAAAAAAGACAACGAUGGCGCAAAGAAGGUGGAGAUUAUUAGCGCGAGCAUUAACUCACUCGUCAGAGCAAUUAAAUCCAGCAGAAGAAGAAAUCUCAGUCCGUCGUUUCACUUCAUUCGGAUUGGUUAAUCCAACGUUAUUAGAAAAUGCACCAGUAGAUCCGGAAUCAUCCUGGUAUGAGUACAGUUGUGUAAUUGAAAACGAACUGUUCAUUGCUCAAGUACGACGAAUCAACAAGACCUUCACGGCAAAUGAGCUUAUUGGUUUUAAUAACACCGGUAACGUGUGUGUAUGGCCGUCUGAAGAGUGUUUGGCUUAUUAUUUAUUGAACAAUCAAAAUAUUUGCCGGGAUAAAAUGGUAUUAGAGUUGGGAGGUGGUAUGAGUUGUCUUGCGGGUGUAUUUGUUGCCAAAUAUUGUGGACCCGCUGGUGUAACACUUACUGACGGCAACGUCACUAGUGUAGACAACGUAAGGUGUAUCGUUGCCAGAAACAACAUGGAAGACUUUGUAAAAUGCGGUGUGGUGCAGUGGGCCAGGGCAGCUGCUGCACUUAGACAAUCUGCCAACGGCAAUCGAGUUCAGACAACAUGGUGUUCGGAAAGUGGCGACGAUUCACGUAGAACAGAGGGCCUUUACGAUGUGAUACUCAGCGCAGAUUGUUUAUUUUUCGAUGACGUGCGACUUGAUCUUAUUGAAACAAUUUACGGUUGGCUUGCAGACGAUGGAAUUGCACUGAUGAUGGCACCUAAGCGCGGUACAACAUUCCAGAAAUUCGCUGAAGCGGCAGUCAAACGCGGAUUCUUAGCAAGACAGAUGGAAUUGUACGAUAGUCAAGUAUGGUCAAGACAUCUCGAGCUAUUACAACAUAAUAAUGAAUACUCAGCCGAUCUUCAUUAUCCUAUUUUGCUCGAGCUUACUAAACAAAGAAAUCCAUCCGCCAGUUGA